CCCUAACGAGCCUCUAUAAACAAAAGAGACGAAAUGUCACGAUUGGAAUUUUCGAUUUCCUGUCAGUGUCAUUCCAAUCGAGCAAAAGACUUGUCAAACUGGAAAAUUUGGAAUUGCGAAAGCGGCGGUAGCGAAAGUAUUAUCAUUCAUAUCUGUAAACAAAGGGUAAUCAAAACACAGUUUUUGAAUGCUCUAUUUCAAUUACAAGCUAAAUUCUCAAGGACUUAUUUCUUGGUACUUAAUUGUUGGUUUCGUUUUGCAAACAAAAAAAGUCAGUUGUAUCGAAUUCAAUUUCUGAAAACGUUUAUUUACCUUCUUCAGAAACCAUAUCCACCAGAAAAUUCUUCACAUCAUGACUCCAGGAGACUUCCGGCAGAAAGAAAAACCAAAGGAAAACCGAAAGAAGAGGAGGACGAUCUGGAACAACCGCAGCAUUUGCCAUUCACGAUCUUCGGAUAGCACUAUAAUGCUAGGUAGUCUCAAAGUUGUUCACGUGACGUUCCUAAACGGUGCCAAUCGCCAGGAGUUUCCGGUAUGACAUGGAUUCGGCUGUUCCGCACAUCAAUCGUAUUGAUUUUGAUAGCAAAAUGUAAGCUAGGUUCCUUUCUUUAUGAUGGCAACAGCACCCUGCAAUUCCAGACCGCAUCCAUUGAAAAUUGCUCUGGGAUAAAUCAAGCCCGAAUUUCUUAAACUGCCUUUUUCGAAAACUUCUGCCAAGGUCAGUCAAUUGUGAAAAUAAUAAUUUAGAAAAUAAAAUU